UGCCCACACCAUAUCUCGACAUUGCGAAGCACACAGUGACAGCCGAUCGGAUUAUUUUGCGAUUAUACAUUCAUAAUAUCUAUUACCAACAUAUAUUAAAAUAUGUCGGCUGAAAAGCGCCCUGCGGAUGGAUACCCAUCCUCCCAAGUGCUCGUUAAGAGACAGAAUGUGACAGCCUCCAAUGGCGCUUUGGCGCGUCUAAAUGCGUCCAACAGCCAAAAUGUCCCACGAACGAGCGCGCUUCAAGCACCGGUUAUGGAGUUAUCUGGGCACACGGGCGAAGUAUUUGCCGCCAAGUUUGAUCCAACUGGCAAUCUUAUAGCAUCUGGGUCCAUGGAUAGAACUAUCAUGUUAUGGCGAACAUAUGGCGACUGCGAAAACUAUGGCGUCCUUCAAGGUCACAAGAGCGCGAUUCUCGACUUACAAUGGUCUCGCGAUUCCGAGAUUCUUUAUUCCGCAUCAGCAGAUACGCAUCUUGCUAGUUGGGAUCUCACCUCUGGCACUAGGAUUCGAAGAUAUAUUGGACAUGAAGAGGUUGUGAACACAAUGGAUAUUAGCCGUCGUGGUGAAGAACUGCUCGUAAGUGGUAGCGACGACUCGACAAUUGGAAUAUGGGAUCCACGCAGCAAGCACGCCGUUGAUUAUAUCCAGACCGACUUUCCUAUUACAGCCCUGGCAAUAUCAUCUGCAGGUAAUGAAAUCUACUCAGGAGGCAUCGACAAUGACAUUCGAGUGUGGGAUCUCCGCAAAAAGGCUGUGGUAUACUCGAUGCUAGGCCAUGGCGAUACUGUAACGUCGCUCCGUGUAUCGCCUGACUCUCAGUCACUUCUCUCAUAUUCUAUGGACUCCACCGUUCGGACGUGGGAUAUUCGCCCGUUUGCGCCUACUGAGCGACAUAUCCGGACGUUAGACGGCGCGACUGUUGGCAGUGAGAAGAAUCUGCUGCGUGCUAGCUGGGACAGCGAUGGAAAGAAGAUUGCUGCCGCAUCAGGCGAUGGUACAGUGGUGGUCUGGUCAAGUGAAACUGGUAAGCUUCUUUACAAGCUUCCUGGCCACCGAGGCACCGUUAAUUGCGCCGAGUUCUCACCCAACGCGGAGCCGAUUCUUUUGUCUGCUUCAUCUGACCGAACUAUGAUUCUCGGCGAGCUGAAGUGAAGACCGGGUGUCAUUCCUUGAAACUUUGGAGCUGCACCUCCAAAACAUAACCAUCCUCAGCUUUGCGCCGCUGAAGGAAUAUCGCCAUAAUCCCCCCAAGAAGAGCAACAAGCGGAAGCCCUUGAAACACAAUGAAACGAAUAGGCUGGUCUUUAUGUCUUUUUUGGGCCGUUGCGCCGCAUGCCUUGUGCUAUGUCUAUUGAAGCGGGCACGGCCCUACUGGUCGAGUGCACGUACCUCCUACGGUGACUUGCUACAUUCCACCCUGCGCUUUUCAUCAAAACAUAUCACGGCCGAAAGGGAGAAUACUUGUGUAACAAGAAAAAAACGUGCGCCUCGUAGAAGCUAAUCCGCUAAUACUCAUACUCGCUCGCACAGGCCGGCAGUGCAACGGGAAGUUGCGGUGUCUGCAGGACGGCAUCGCUAGGACGGCAAAGGGGAGGCGGAUGGGCAUACCUGACCAUAUAGACGGGAUAUUGUACAAUUAGAAAAUGAAACGCAUUAUGAUAUAUUAAACAUGACUGUGUAACC